AUGAAAGUAGCCAUCAUUGGUGCUGGUGCCAGUGGCUUAGCUAGUCUGAAAGAAUGCCUCGAUGAAGGAAUUGAACCAAUCGUAUUUGAAAAGGAAGAAUAUAUCGGUGGAUUAUGGAAAUAUUCAGAAAAAAUUGGCAAAGGUGGAACUGUCUACCGUUCCACAAUCAUCAAUACUAGUAAAGAAAUUAUGGGUUUCAGUGACUUUCCAGUUCCAAAAGACUUCGCUCCAUUUAUGCAUAACAGGAGUGUUAUUGAAUAUUUUGAACUAUAUGCCAAAAAAUUUAAAUUGCAUCAGUACAUACAAUUCAAGACGUACGUCCAUGAUAUAAGGCCCGCAGAGGAUUACAUCAAAUCUGGCAGAUGGAAUGUAACUAUCAGCCACACUGAAGGCACUACAACUACAAGGACCACACAAACAUUUGAUAGUGUUAUGAUUUGCUCAGGACAUCACUGGGAUCCUAGAAUGCCGUCAUUUAAAGGAAUGGAUGUGUUUAAAGGAAAGCAAUUGCACAGCCAUGACUAUAAGGAUCACCAAGGUUUCGAAAAUGAUAGAGUUGUGGUUGUUGGAAUUGGCAACUCAGCUGUCGACGUUGCUUGCGAAUUGAGUCAUCACUGCUCACAGGUUUAUCUCAGUACACGACGUGGAGCAUGGAUAUUUCCACGUAUUGGUUUCGGCGGUACACCUUUCGAUUUUCAAUUCAACCGCUUUGUAAACAUGAUUCCAAUAUCAAUAAUGAAAAUCAUACUGGAAAAGUAUUUAAAUAGCAGAUUCGAUCAUGAUAAAUAUGGCUUACGGCCAACACAUCAUACCUUAGCACAACAACAAACUAUUAGUGACGAAUUGCCAGUUCGCAUCGUCUGCGGAUCAAUUAAAAUUAAAGAUGAUAUUACUUGCAUCGGUGAACAUGAUAUCAAAUUUGCUGAUGGCUCCACUGAGACUAAUAUUGAUACAAUUGUCUAUGGCACUGGUUAUAAGUUUGGCUUCCCAUUUAUGGAUUCAUCUAUUAUUGAAGUCAAAGAUAAUACUUGUAAUCUUUACAAAUAUAUAUUUCCACCCGAUCAUAUGCACGCAACAUUGGCUAUGGUUGGCUUCAUUCAGCCAACAGGAGGCGCAAUUAUGCCUAUGGCAGAAAUGCAAGCACGAUGGAUUACCCAAGUCUUUACUAAAAAAUGCCAACUACCUUCUCAAGCAGAAAUGCUAGCAGAUAUAGAAAAGAAGCGUAGGGAAAUAGCUGAUAUAUAUGUUAAAUCGCCUAGACAUACAAUGCAGGUGGAUUAUUUAGAGUUCAUGGAUGAGCUCGCCGACCUAAUCGGUUGCAAGCCAAACUUUUUAUCUAUCGCCUUUACCGAUCCUAAGCUAGCGCUAAGAUGCAUAUUUGGUCCGUGUACACCGUCACAAUUUAGAUUAUGUGGACCGCAUCCUUGGGAUGGUGCAAAAGAAGCUAUUAGAGAUACAGAUAGAAAUUUUACUGCAGCUAUACGUACACGCCAACUCAAGCAAACUGUAGAGCAUAAAAAUAGAAAGGUCUUGAUGUUACUUCUAGAAGCCGCCAUCAUUCCUAUUGCAUAUUUAUGUUACCUCAAAGGGGACACUAUCAAGGCAAAUAUUAUUGACGCUGGUAAAUGA